AUGGUGUACGUGGAUCGCAUAAUCUUCCUGUGGAGCACGAAAGAGUUUGCCAGCACCAAGGAUCGGCGCUCGUUUCGGAUCAACGUUGAUUAUGACCAUGCUGUUCGGGUCCGUUGGAGUCCGGAUGGGCGCGCUCUGGUGGCCUACAAGUACAACGGCGGAUGCAUCGAAGUGUACAAGGUGGACAAAGUGGACGGAUGGUUUCAGAACCCAACGAAGGGAAGCACCUUCCCACGGGCCCACAUGGAUGACAUCAUCGGAUUUGGAAUCGCCCCCGACGGGAAGUACCUGAUGAGUUGCUCGAACCGCACAGAACUCACUGUCUGGGACGUCCGGGGCAAUGUGCUAGAAAAGGUGGACACGUUCCUCAUAAGCACGUACAGUGCCAAGAUCUCUCCGUGCGGCAAGUUCAUCGCAGCCUGUGGAUUCGCGACUGAUGUUCCGCUGUGGGAGGUGAAAUUCAACAAGUCUGGCGAGUUUCAGGGGGUGCAAAAGGCGUUUGAACUGUCCGGGCACAAGUCGGGUGUGUACGAUGUGGCGUUCGACCAGGACACCUCCAAAACGGUCACCGUGUGCAAGGAUGGUAGCUGGAAGAUUUUCAACACCAAGAUUGAUUACCAGAAAGGUGAAAUACCACGUUGCCUCAUGACGGGAACCUACGAACUGAACAGCGCUGCCCCACUCGUAGCCCUCAGCCCAUCUGGAGAGGUAGUGGCCAUUGCUACCGGUACAUCGAUUCAAUUCUUCUCAGCCAUCUCCGGAAACAACGAAGGGACCAUCAAUCAACUUUGCUCAGGUCAAAUCACCACGCUCCAGUUCGACUCAACCGGGAAGUAUCUGUUGGUUUGUGCCGAUCGCUACGUUCGCAUCUUCCACAACGUUCCCGGGUACAAAGUGGCCUUAGAGGUUGCCCAGGAGAAGCUCCGACAGCCGAAGAUUUCCGCUGCUACGCGUGAGCGGAUUGAGUUCCAGAUUACGGAGAAUGAUGCGUUUCUCAAGAAGUUUGAAUAA